GAUAUCAGCAACGCUCCCGUCCAAUCCGUAUUGGCUCCGACAGUCGCGGAGCAAAGUUCACAUAGCUUCCACGGAGUCAACUACAUCACUGGAUCAUUAUAAUGAUUUACCUCCAGUCUUCGUAAACGCGUCGUUGAGAACAGAGAAAAAGCAACCUAGAGAAUCGGUUCACAAUUCGAGUCAGUGUUGGUGACGUUCUCUCGCAUUCAUACUGCGAACUAAACAGAUUGACCUUUAAAGUGGACAAAUAUAAUAGUGGCUGUAAAAAUAAACAAAAAAGAAGAGAAGAAAAAUCGCGAUGGUUCUACGAAUCAAAAUCUCGUGAGAUAUCAAUUCGAUGACUGCAAUGACCCGUCUGGCUUGUUGCAAUUUUAUUAACGAGAUUGCGCAAAUUGCAUAAUUACAUCAUUGAAAUCCUUAGAAAGAAAAAUGUGGAUCGACAACUCGGAUGAGAUAUAAUAUAUAUUUUCGAUAUUACAUCUGCGCAGAAUCCAUGCGUCAGAAUCGUCAAAAUAUAAUCAGGACACUCGUCCGAUGGAAAUCUAACGAUUUACAGAAUUUCCGAUCAAUCGCCGAGAAUAUUUGGCUCAAAUACAUUGUCCAUGAUUCACAGAAAACAGUGUAUGUUUAUACGACAAAGUACACUUUGCCAGCCGAACUCGGAGGCAAUAAUGUCAGUGAAACAUUGUCAAUGAUUACGUUAUAACUCAGUACUUAAUAAAGUCGAUUGAAAAUUAAAUCGAAUAAAAAAGGCAAGUCAAAGAAGCGUUAAAAAAUCAAUUUCGAUCAAUCGACAUUUAAAUUGCUGCAAAAAUGCGUCUAUUCGAGAAACUUUUUAUUAUCCUUCUUGUGAGUGAUAUCAACGGCACCGAGUGGAAGGUCAACCCCCUGAUGAGAUUAAUGUAUACGUUGCUCCCUCACUCAUCAUUCGUAUCGGCGGCCAGCGGAGAAAACGCCUGUGCUGGUUGCGCACAAAAUAAGGUCAAUGUGAUCGAUCCAGACCCGUUCCUAACUGAGCUGAGAGUGGAGUACGUGAAACAGCAGAUCCUGAAGAAACUGCGGUUGUCGAAGCCGCCCGAGGUCUCAAUGCCAUUGUCAACCUUACCGAAGCCGCUAAUAAACGGCAAUGUGCUCGAACUUCGACCCGGGGCACCCGAGCCGGAAAGACCAGCGGAAAACUUCUACGGGAAGACCGACCGGGUCGUCGUAUUCCCGAACGAAGGUGUAGCCGAUUCAACAAAAUGCCGUCAGAGCUCAAAUCAUAUAACGGGCUUCAAUCCGGCAGCCUGUUUUACGUUUUACUUGCCGAACGAAAUGCUGUUCGUCGAUGUGACCUCGGCAGAGCUCUGGUUUUACAAAGAGAAGGUCGAGAAUGACGAUGAGCUCCAACAGACCUUCGUAAUAUCUGAGCUGGAUCAUUGGGAUCUGGGCGGUAGUUUUGAAAAGAACACUGUCAUGGCAAUCUUGGAGACCGAUGUCAGAGAGGGCUGGGUAAAGACGGACAUGAAAUUCAUGGUAAAGAAAUGGGUAGGUCGACAGGGACUAAACCACGCUAUUCAGAUAGCUUGUACUACUUGUUCGAUUGACCGUGACAGCGCGCCAGUAUCAAUCGAGCAAACCUUGAAGCCAUUCUUAGUAAUCCACACGGCGCCGUUGCCGCAGAAGAACAGACCCAAAAGAAACUCAAAUUGCCAACCUGAAAUGAAGGAGUGCUGUAGGGAUGAUCUCUACAUUAACUUUAAGGAUAUUGGUUGGAGUGAAUGGAUUCUACAUCCGAGCGGAUAUCACGCGUACUUCUGCCGAGGUUCCUGUGCUACGGCGGCUUCUUUAACCAUCAGCGGCUCGCAUUACAACAACGUUAUCAGAAAGUUGUUGGCCAGAGACAUUGGACAACAGAAGAGCAAGAUAGUACCGUGCUGCUCACCGACGCAGCUCGCUCCGCUCCAACUGCUCUACAUCGACACGAACAACACGAUCACGCAGAAAACAUUGCCGAACAUGGUGGUAGAGGCUUGCGGUUGCAUGUAAUGUCGUACAGAGGGUGGCUGGACCACUACCCUCAGUGUGAGAAGACGAGAUUCCACGACUAAGAACAUCACGUCACCCCGUCCAAGACUUUCACUCGCGUUUAAUUACCGUGAGUCCGAACUUGCCGGGAUGUUGCAUCCGUCCAUCUCGUUUCGAAUACAAACAGAUCGAUUGCGCGGAAGUACACGAGAACAAUGAUCACCGCGCCGAGAUUAUACGAUGGCGAUUAACGCCAAGGAUACACUAUUGUCACGUCACACGAAUUCGCUUUAUUAUGCCGCACUAUAAAUAGUAACAUUAAUAUAAAGCAGAUUCAUAGGUCGGUAUUCA